AUGUGGCCUUAUUUGGUGGAAGCCAAUGAGGAACUGAUGAAUCGGGACAGAGAAUUAACAGAUUUAGAUCAAGCACUGAAGGAGAGACAGUGGGAAUUGAAACAAAGGGCGGCACAGGUUGCACAGCUAGACAUGACGAUGAAAGAACACCGCAGCGAAUUGGAAACAAAAGUUGUGAAGUUGGAAGAACAGUUGAGUAAAAGUCAGCAGAAUCUGAAAGAAAGGUCAAAACAGAAAACAAAAGAAUUAAGUUCCAAACUUAACGAUCACAGGAAAGAUGAACUUGAACAAGGUCAGCAUUUGAGAUUGACUCGUGAACAGAUGCAGAGACAACACAUGGAUUUGACUGACACUAAAAAGCAGCUUGCAAAGUCACAAAGAGAACAGGAUCGUAUGGCGAGAGAAUUGGAGGAAACAAUCCAAGUCUGUAAGAGUAAAGAAUUAGAUUGCAGCAAAUUGGCUGAGGAACUCGGUGCCAGUAGAGCCAGAGAAGCUGCAGCAGACUCAAGAUGCAUAGCAGAAAUACACCAUUUGAGGCAACAAUUGGAAUUGGACAUCAAACAGAAAGAUAUUGAAAUUUCCAGUUUACAAGAAAGUCACAGUACUUUACUAGCUGCCAAGAAUCAACAAGAAACCAACCACAGAUUACACUCUCAGCAACUUGAAGAGAGAAACAAGCAUAUUACCCAGCAACUACAGACUACUGAAGAUAAACUGACAAGUUUGGAAAAUGAACUACGGGCCAGAAAAGAAGUAGUUGAAGCUGCGAAUGAAGCCAUUGUGAUUAAGGAGGCAGAGGUGGCUCGUCUAAAUGCCAAGAUUUCUGGGUACGAAAGGGCAACAUUUGGGAUGAGAAAUCGAGAAAGUUCAUCAUCGAGGCAUAACUUAUUUUCCAUCAACGUCUGGAUUCGCACAAAGCAUGCCACCAUUGUUACCAACGCUAGGCCCAACUCUGCCAACUCCACAACCAAUGAGCUUCUCAAUGACUUCAUCACCGCGGACGAACUUACGAAGAGCCACGUCUGAUUACUCCUUGGCUGAUCACUCACAACUUAACAUGUCUGGCGUGAGUGAUUUACGCAGUGACGCAGGAAACAUCACAACAAGAGACUAUUUCAAACAACCAUUACCAUACUCUCAUAUGUCUGUUUCACAUAGUAGCAUUGGGGAUCUGCUUGCAUCAAAACCAUACACCAAGGGUCGAGUGGAGCCAGAACCUGAUUCGUUUCAGAGUAUGCUGCAGAUGGCAAGACAGGAAAUCAGUUCAGCACCCAGCACGCCAUCAAGGAAUCACUUCCGUACAUUCAGUCAACCAGUUGAAGCGCCAACAUCGCAGAAAAGCUUGGAUCAUGGUUAUUUGUCGAGUGGAUCAUCUUUGCACGCUUCACAUUCUAUGCCCGGUUCACCAACAAAAUGUAUGCCACCAUCAG